UAAACUUUACUUACUGCAGGAAGAGUGGAAUGCCUCAGCAGACAAAAAGUUGACUUGUGAACACCAUGAGACAUCGUUGUCAAGCUGUAAUUGAUGCUCAAGGAUUUAUAACAAGUUACUGAGACAUUUUUUGUUGUGGUUUACCCCACUGCUGUUAGCUUUUGUUUCAAUUAAUUGUUUGAGAUGAAGCAAUUACCAUUGCAUUCUUUUACCUCAAGGUUAUUAUAGAAAACUAACAAAAUAACGUAAACUAGACUUGAAAAAAACAUUUUCGUUAACUGAAAUAAAAUUUAAAAAAACGAGAGGUUUAAAUAAAAGGAUAACCAACUGAAACUAUAUUUUGUGGUUACAAAACUAACUAAAAUUAUAGUGAAAAUGUCCUUCGUUUUUGUCUUUGUCAACUUUUUUCAUACGUAAAACUUUUUGGUUGAUAUGAAAUCUAUUCCAUCUAUCUGGUUUUAUGACUUAAUAAACUUAUUGGGGCUGAGAUGGAUCAGACAAAGGAAAUAAAGGAAACAUUUAUUGUGACCUUAUUGAAUCUGGCACCCAACAAAUACCCCAUUACAAAAAACUAAAACUAAUAUAAACUAAACUAAAACUAAGCAUUUUUUAAAAAAACAAUUAAAACUAGCAAUCUCACUCUAAAAACUAAUUAAAACUAACUGAAUUUGAAAACAAAAUUUGACAACGAAAUUAAAACUAAAACUAAUGGAAAAUCCAAAACUAUUAUAACCUUGUUUUACCUACAUGCCCCUCUUUCAUGAUAUAAUAUCACUGUAGCUUGGACUUUUUACAUUUUCCAUAAAUUUCACCGGAAAGUCAAAUGUCCCUAACUUUUUGUGAGUAGUGUAUAUCUAAAAUUGGUAGAUUAAAAUUAAAUUGUGCGCAUGCGUGUUGUUAAUGUAAAAUGAUACUUUGCGCAUGCGUAUUCCGGGUCGUGUCCGUCUUUGGUUUUUCCUUCCGCAUCACUUCCUGGUUGGUCCCGGGACUGUUUACAUCAGGUGGGAGCGACUCUCAGGUAAACGGAGCGGGCGCGUGCGUUUCUGUCCGCGUCACCUCGACCCGGUGUUUCCGUUGUAAGGACAGACGCUCGCGGCAGCUUGUUAAAGCAGCAACAUGUCUCCGGCAGCUGCCUUCCACACGCAGCUCGCCUCCAUCAUGGAGGUGCUGGCCAACACGGCGGUGGCGGAGAUCUGCGAGCUGGUGGACAGCGGCUACUCGGUGCUGCAGCUGGAGAUCUCCCGCAGCCGGAAGGAGAACGAGGUGCUGCGGAGAAAGCUGCGGCUCAUGGAGCUCCGGGCCGCCCGGGCGACCGCGCUGCGAGUCGCGUCCACCGCAAGCGGCAGCACCGCGCUGCGAGCCGCGUCCACCGCAAGCGGCAGCACCGCGCUGCGAGCCGCGUCCACCGCAAGCGGCAGCACCGCGCUGCUGCGGGUUCAGCUGGCCGCCCAUCUCCCGGGCCGCGGGCCACGGAGGACCGGAACUCCCGGAGGUGAGACGGUGCGGUCCACAGCGUCCAACCAGGAGACUCUGCGGUGUGCAGAGCCCAGUCUGUCCUCAGACUGUGGACAGGACACCACACAGAGGACGCCGGCUGCAGGGGAGUCCACCAAGCUGACGGACGCAGUGAUCAAAGUGGAGGACGACGACGAGUCCUGGUCCCAGUCUGAGCAGGACAAAGACCCUUGUUGUGUUUCUGACGGACAGAUGGCGGAGACAGAAGCCCCGCCCCCUCUGACCAAACAGGAAGUGGCAGAGGAAGUGGAUGGUUCGUCGCGGUCGUGGAUGAGCGCCGAAGUCAGCUCCACCUCCACGUCCGUCCCCAACGCCCUGAGCAGCCAGAGGUCAGAAACCAGCGGUUACGAGUGUCUGAUGUACGAGCCGACUCUCCAGCACGGCUCCCUCACUACCCAGAAUCCUUUGAGUGAGGACCCCGGCUGCUCGUACACGUUGAACGACAGCGUGAGUGUUUCGGCUGCAUCGGACUCCGGCGGCUUCCCUUUCAACAUCUCCGAGGCGAGUCUGUCGUCAGCGGAGCACCAGCAGAUGGCGCCUCCCCCCACAGACGAGCCGCAGGUCCCCGCGAGGAAAGAGACGGCCGAGAGACUGAACACGUUCGCCAGACGGGACAGGUGGAGACCUCAGCACGUGGGCAGCAGAGAGGGCGGCGGGGGGAAGUCUUUCGUCUGUAACUGCUGCGGUAAAACCCUCGCCUGCCUGAAGAACCUAAAGACCCACAUGCGGGUCCACACGGGUGAGAAGCCGUUCGUCUGCUCGCUCUGCGGCAAACGCUUCUCCGACUCCAGCAACCUGAAGCGGCACCAGAGCGUCCACACGGGAGAGAAGCGAUACGGCUGCGUCCACUGCGGCAAGCGCUUUGCCCAGUCCGGGUCCCUGAAGGUCCACAUGACUGUCCACACGGACUGCAAACAGUUCAGGUGCUGGUACUGCGGCAAGACCUUCAUCUCAGGCAGCCACUUGCGGCGCCACAUCACCGUGCACGCUGGGGAGAAACGAUUCGCUCCGACGUUCCAGUGACAGACGGCAAGAAACCCAGACACUUCAAUCUGUUACAACUAAAACGACUUUACACCUUUUAAUCACGUGGUAUGCAGACGCCAAAAUCCAGUUCUGCUGCAUAUGAUACACACAGUGUUUUUAAAAGCAGCAACCCUAUCGGCUGCAGGACAUCUUAAGGUUCAUCGUUGUAAAAAAAAAAGCUGCAGUUUGGUUGAAUUUGUGCUUCAAAAGCUCUUCUCUAAGGUUAGGGCCAAACAGUUCCUGGUUGGGCGUUCUAAAAGACAGUUUAAACAGUAAAUAAAUUAUGUAAAUGCUGGAAGUGAAGUAGUUACGAGUUCUGGAAGUCACAUAGAGACAUUCAGUAAAAAUGUGAUGCAGGAAGUUAAGUGAUGUUUGAAUCACAUUGUUUACUUUUGUUUUCACAUGAGACACGAACGCCGUUCUCCUGGUGAAAGUCCUGUUUUCUUUUUGUUUAAAAGUUUUAAAAGUUUAUGUCAUCAUGCCGAUGAAAGUUGACUCAGUGAAUCCUCGGCUAGAGAGGAAAAGUCCUGAAUACAGAAGAAAAUACAUGUUUGGUUUGGUUUGGUCAUUGUCUACAAUGUAAAGAAAACAGAAAGUGAUAACUUGUUAUUCCAGUUUUCAAUUGAAUAAAUGUCAAAAACGCAAUGUACGUAUCGUAUAUAUUUUCCAAUUGAUCAACUUUUUCUUUUGUUUUCUUUUUUUCCUCGGUUUCAUGCAUGAAUAUGUUUUUCACAGCUUCACAACUUUUUAAGGUAUUGAAUAAAAAGGAUUCUGGUUCCUGUCCAGUGGAGCACCACGGGACCUGUUUUUUUUUGUUUUUUUUUAACAAAAUGUGCACAGUUGUGAACAUUAAAAGAUUAAUGAUUUUGCCUCACAACAAAUUAUUAUUCAUAUUAAUGAUUCUCUGACCCUUUGCCUCGUUUUUGGCCGACAAAAAUGUUUCCACAAUUUAACAGCUAAAGUUUUUGCCCUAGAACUAAAAUCUAGCGCGGAUUGAAAGUCAAGGGUUUGUAUGAGUGUGUGAACACAUGAGGUUAAAUAAAAAGUCUUUGUAUAAAU